AUGGGGCCAGUAGCCAUAGAGGACGGGGUCGUGGUAAUAGAGGAAGGGGAGGAAUGGGUAGAGGAUUUAACAAACAAUCGGGAUUCGGAAAUCAAUGUGGGGGAGGACGUGGAAGAAGGUGUCCUGGAGCACGACUGUGUAGAAACCAUUGAACAGGUCUACGCGAGUAGAAAAGACCUGAAGGAUGAACCACUGACAGAUCCUGACUGGGAGUUGUACACUGACGGAUCUAGCUUUGUGGAAAAUGGCACCAGGUAUGCUGGGUAUGCAGUGGUCACUCUACAACAAGUGAUAGAAGCAAAUGCACUACCCCCAGGUACGUCUGCACAAAAGGCCGAAAUUUGGGCAUUGGUGAGAGCUUUAAUACUAAGUCAAGGAAGGAGAGUUAAUAUAUGGACUGACUCCAAAUAUGCCUUUGGAGUAGUUCAUGUUCACGGAGCACUCUGGAAAGAGAGAGGACUUCUUACUUCUCAAGGGACAUCAAUUAAACAUCGAGAAGAAAUUUUACAGUUGCUAGAGGCAAUACACAAGCCUUCGGCAGUGGCAAUAAUGCAUGUCAGAGGACAUCAAACUGAUCCCGGACGAGAAUUUCAAGGUAAUCGACAGGCUGACCAAGCGGCUAAACAAGCCGCCAGAGAGGUGAUAAUGACCACUUACACGGCGGUGAAGGUCGAGGGAAUCGACAAUUGGAUCCAUUACACCCGAAUCAAGAAGGUUCCAGUCUCGUGGUCGGUAGAACCUCUCUCACCUACAAGGAUGGUAUUUCGAGCCAACCAUUGA